AAUAUUUCCACCGGUUUCACCUCACAACAUAAGCUAUAGCUAUCUAUCUUCAUCAGCAGCAGAGGCAGAGGUGAGCUGAGCACAACACAUCUCCCCUUGAGUAGUUGAGUACUGCACUUGAGUGAUAUAAAGCUUAGCUAGUAUACUGACUGCACUAAGCUUAAACCUCACUCGACUACUACCACAAAAGUGAAAUAUUCUUGGCUAGUCUAGUCUACUCGAGAACGCCACCAUCACCAUGGCGAUGUCGCCGCACGACCAGCACGAGCACGAGCCGGACCACGCCCACCGCUCGCCGUCCAACGGCACGGCAGCGACCAGCACCAUCGCCACCAACAGAUGGGGUCCCUACUCCGGCGCCGGCGACUUCGCCAGCAACAUGGCCGUCAUCCUCGCCGCCCUGCUCGCCGCGCUCGCCCUCGCCCUCGCGCUCAACGCCGCCGUCAGGUACCUGCUCCGCCGCCACCGCCGGGCCAGGCAACAACCAGCCGCCGCCGCCGCCGCCGCCGAGGACCCGGAGAAGCCGCCUGUGCAGGAGGCCGACCCGCCGCCGCCGCCCCCGGCUCUGGUGUACUCCGCGGCGGGCACCAAGCUGGCCGGCGCCGCGGAGUGCGCCAUCUGCCUCGCCGAGUUCGUCGACGGGGACACCGUGCGCGUCAUGCCGGUGUGCGGCCACGGCUUCCACGCGCGCUGCAUCGAGCGAUGGCUCGCCGGAGGCCGGCGCUCGUCGUGCCCGACCUGCCGCGCGCCGGCCGCGACGCCGCCCGGCGCCACCGCUACCGAGCCCGCGGCGGUGGCGCCUUGAUGCAUGCAUGCGGCCAACUGAUUUGGCCCUUGUUCUUGGCAAGCUCUCCUCUCUCGCUCUCUCUCUCUCUCUCUCUCUCUCUCUCUUUCUUCGCUUCUUUCUUUCUUGCUUGCUUUCAUGUGUAAAUAUUCGUCAAGAUCGAGAUGAUGGAUUUGAUCCAACUGGAUGGAUCAUUUGGUGUCUCUCUCUGUUUUGUUUGGCUGUUCAAGGAGAUGUAUGAACUGAGAGUUUUAGAUUAGGCUGAAAAAGUGAAAAUGAUUCAUUACUCUCCUGUUCGAUUAUCACAACAUCUGUUCAGUUA